CUCUUGUUUAUAUAAAUAUCUCGUGAACUAACCAACACUAGCGAAAGAUUGUUUUGAAAAAGAUUUAAUUUAUCGGUUGUUUACAAAUAUUAAUUGGUAUUAAUAACUGAAAGAUGAGUUUUGGAUCUUCAAUUUAGGUCCUGUUACGAUUAGUUACUGUCAAAGUUCCAGCAUGCUGCUGUCAAUUCUGUCAGUGCUAACAGCUGUUUCAACUUGCAUCAUACCAGCAUCUGGGCAGCAAACAUGUCAGACUGAAAUUCUACAGAACAGUACAGUUGAUAUUGACAAAUAUUUAAACAACGAAUUUCACAUUCUUGCUACAUUCGCCACACCGCCCCCAGAUGCUCUUUCAAAUUGCAUACUUCGAUGUUGUAAUCAAAGUAACUGCUCAUUGGCAAUUCAUAAUGCCACUGAUAACCAUACGUGCACUCUGAUUCAUUGUGUAUCUGAAGAUGCCUGUAAACCAAUUCCAUCUGAUGGGAGUGAAAUAGUAAAAACUAUUAGAAAUAACAUCACAACCACAGAAAGUUUAUCUGAAAACCAAAGUCAGACCACUGAAUCAACUUCGGAUACUUCCACAACUGCAUCUGGAAUCGGUUUGUCAACAAGUAGCAGAGGUGACCAUUCCACUUCUUCACAGCAAUCCACAACUCAAGAUUAUAAUGAUUUUUUAACAUCAAAUAUUGGUUACCCAAUUACUGAAACAUCUCAAUCAACCAAUGAAGUUUUGUCAACCACUCUUAGUGUUUCCACCAGCUCAGUUCCAUCCGGUCAGGAUCAAACCUCAACAACUGAAAGUACAUCAUUACAAAAUACAGACAUAUUUUCUACUAUCCCUGCAAACACCACCAAUCAAAAUUCUAUAUUUAGUAGCACCUCACCCAGUAAUUCUACAAGCAGCUCUUCCAACAUGACCACCACCAACCCUGAAGGAACGACUACCAAUUAUAAUAAUUUUACUGAAAGUUUCAAUACAACAACAACAACUACACUUAUAAACAAUGCAACCGAGAGUUCGAAUUAUACAAUAAUGUCUGUAACUCCAAAUCUGUCAGAGAAUGGAAAUGUCAGUGUAACAGAUGAUGUGAAUGUUACAUUUUCUCAGAGUAACGACACAGAAAACUCUACAAUAGAUUCUAACCUCAACCAAAAUGUCACUUCCUCCAAACAAGAAACUUAUUUGAAAAAUGAAGCAGAUUCAAACAAUACGCUUAUGAUAACGGUUCUAAUUGGGACUUUAUCAGUUGGAACUCUUCUCUUUGUUGCCGUAAUUGUGGUCAUCAGCAAAAAAAUAAUCGAUGGCUGGCAGAAGCGACAUUAUUCUAGAAUCGAUUAUUUGGUCAAUGGCAUGUACAACUAAGCUGAUUUAAGAUCUACAUACGCAUGCACAGACAUGUAUAAGUACAUAUGUACAUACUAUAUAUAUGCCUAUACACAUACAUACAUCCACAUUAAAAUCAUAACUAGUCUUCCAACUAAGACAGUAUAAUUCUUUCAUAUUUAUGCGUAUUCUUUAAGUUCCUUUAAACCAUUAUCUUUAAUUGAAAUUAUGACCAAACUGGGGUUAAGGUUAAAUAACUGUGAUAAAAGCCAGAGAUCAAGAAAUACAUUUCUGAGGGAUUUUUGUUGUAGAUGAUACCAAGUUUGAUGACAUUUAAGACACUUUAUUUUCAAAAAAUGCCUUAAAGAAACAUGUCACUUCAUGUCACUAUAAGCUUUAAUGCACUAAGUACUAAUUUUCCUGGAUACGUGCAACUGAAACUGAAGUGCAUCUAAUAUACCUAUAAGCCUUUUAUGCCAUCAAUUACGGUAAUUUUUUAUUGAUAUUUUCUUAAGCCAAUGUUUUUCAAUAUGAUGAAAGAUUAAGGUGAUGGAGUGGAAUAAACUAUUAGGGACUUGGA